CUUUGUUUUUGCAACUUGAGUUUCCAAUCGUCUUAUCGGAGAAAACAAUACAACCCUCGCGUGAAGUCAUAUAUUAAUUAAUUAAUUAUAGCAAUUUAAGUUGGAAACAAUCACCCGAUGUUAAGGCCUCAUUUAUUAUCGUGGCCAUCUUUUUUAUUCUUUAAUCAUAAAUUUAAUGCCGUGAUGUUUGUGCUAUACGUAAUACAAAAACACUUCAAAUAAGGACGCAAUUUAAAAAACUAGCUUAUCAAUACAUUGGUUCCUUUGUUCCUAUUUAUAAUCACACAAAAAGAAUGAUUGGUUCCUUUGUUCAUAUUUAUUAAUUAAGCCCCGUACAUCCAUUAAUUCCACGCAUCAAAGGCCACUUCGGUCAUUUUAAGCAACCUUUUUUUCGCACCUCGUUGACCCUUCAUAUACAAUUAACCACGCUUCUUUCUCCCCUUCUUAUAUAAAUCCCCUCAAGCACCUGUAUAUAUAUAUCCUUCUAUAUAUACGUCUCCCUCUAAUAAAUAGAUAAUAUACAUUAUAUAUAUAAAUAUAUCCACCAGCUAGCUAGCUAGCUAGCAAGCUCUUCUUUAUAUACAAAUUGAUUGAUCUCACUCCCUAUGUCAUGAGCUACAACUAGAUGCAACAACAACAACCCACAACGGUAGAGAGGUGUGUUGGGUACGUUGCGGUUGAUCUACUUUAUAUAAGCACAUAAAUGGAACAGUAGAUCGACACACGAGUCUCGUACGUAUACAAGAAGAAAACGAAGAGUUUGAGGCGAUCGAUCGACGGGGUGCACGAUGGGGUUGCUUCUCGGCGCCAUUGGAGUGCUAUGCGUGUACAUGGUGGUGAAGGUGUUGGAUGUGCUUUGGUGGAGACCGAAGAGGUUGGAGGAGUUGUUCGCGACGCAAGGGAUAAAGGGCCCCCCGUACCGUUUCUUCGUCGGGUGUGUUAAGGAGAUGGUUGAGUUAAUGGUGGAGGCCUCCAAAAAGCCAAUGAUGCCUCAAACCUCGCAUAAUAUUCUCCCUAGAGUCCUUUCCUUUUACCAUCACUGGAAGAAGAUGUAUGGUUCGACAUUUGUGAUAUGGUUCGGGCCCACGCCGCGCCUGGCCAUAGCAGACCCGGACCUGAUACGAGAGAUCUUUGUGUCGCGGUCCGACCACUUCGACCGGUACGAGGCCCAUCCCAUGGUCCGGCAACUCGAAGGCGACGGCCUCACCAACCUCCACGGGCCCAAGUGGGCCCUCCACCGCAGAGUCCUCUCACCCGCCUUCCACCCCGACAAUCUCAAGUUGUUGAUACCGUUCAUUGGUAAGACGGUGGUGGACAUGGCGGAGAAGCUAUCGGAGGACAUGUCUCCCUCCGGUGAGGUCGAGAUCGAUGUUUCCGAGUGGUUUCAUGUCGUCGCUGAGGACGCCAUCACCCGCGCAGCAUUUGGCCCUAGCUACGACGACGGCAAGGCCGUGUUUCGAUUGCAGAACCAGCUGAUGGGCUUCGCUUCCGAGGCCUUCCGCAAGGUCUUCAUCCCUGGCUACAGGUUCUUACCGACGAAGAGAAAUAAGAUUUGCUGGAGAUUAGACAGGGAGAUUAGGAAGAAUCUCGUCAAGCUCAUCAACCGCCGGAGAGACGACUUUGACGUCGCGGAGAAGCAAAAUCUCCACGAAGGUGACUGCACGAAGGAUCUGAUUGGCCUCAUGAUCGGUGCGGGCGGCAACACCGGCGGCUGUGUGGUGCCGCCCCCUCUAGCCAGGCCGAUCACGGUGCACGACAUCGUGGAGGAGUGCAAGACGUUCUUCUUCGCGGGGAAGCAGACCACGUCCAACCUGCUGACGUGGACGACGGUGCUCCUCGCCAUGCAUCCGGAGUGGCAGGAGCGCGCCCGCGCCGAGGUCCUGCGCGUGUGCGGCUCACGUGAUGUCCCCACCCCGGACCAACUGCCCAAACUCAAGACGCUAGGGAUGAUUUUAAACGAGACGCUGCGGCUGUACCCGCCGGUGGUGGCGACGAUACGGCGCGCGAAAUCCGAGGUGGAGCUGGGAGGCCGCGUCAUCCCGCGCGGCACGGAGAUCCUGAUUCCGAUAAUGGCCGUCCACCACGACCCCCUCCUGUGGGGCCCCGACGCGGCGCGGUUCGAGCCGGGGCGGUUCGAGUCCGGGGCGGCCCGCGCGGGCCGGCACCCGAUGGCCUUCCUCCCGUUCGGGCUGGGGGCGCGGACGUGCAUCGGGCAGAACCUGGCCCUGCUGGAGGCGAAGCUGGCCGCCGCGAUUCUCCUGCAGCGCUUCUCGCUCCGCGCUUCCCCCAACUACGUCCACGCCCCCACCGUGCUCAUGCUGCUCUACCCGCAGCACGGCGCGCCCGUGAUCUUCCGCGCCCUUUCGUGACCAAAAUGCCCGGCCCCCUGCAGCUGGUUUAUUAUAUUUGCAUGCCCAAAUGACCGAAUACGUACGUACACCACCGACGGAUCGGAAUUCCGGCGGAUGCGCAUGCUAACCCCAGUUCACCGACCAUGUAUAAUAAUAAUAAUAAUAAUUUUUAUAAUUCUUUGGAUGUGUAAACAAAAUUAUUUAAGUUGCCCAAAACACACUACUCCAGCCAAUUCUCUCUCCUUUCUGAUAUUCUUCUUCAAAGUCUUCUUCUUUUUCCAUGUAUUAAUGUAUAUUUUGUUUCUUUAAUUUUCAUGGCUUAAUUACUUGUA